AACAAUAUUUUAGUAUUUUGACGACAUAAACACAUUACCUUAUAACACUUGUGUUCACUUAUGCCAUAUCCAUUUGUAGCAUAACAACUAGGAAUAUAAGCCUUUGUCUUCUCUCAAAUAUAUUCCUACUUUUUAUCCAUUUAAGGUGUCAUCAACAAUCAACAACCUCAAAAAAUUCCUUAACUUACCAAAACAAGUGGUAAGGAAGAAUCAUCACCAAUUCAUGGAAAGACUAAACAAAGAAACUCCUCUAAGUCCAAGCACACCAUUACAAAAUCAACAUGAAAAAAAGAAGAAACAACAAUCUUUUGAAGAAUUAGAAGAGGAAGAAAAAGACACAAAGGUAGAAACUUUAUUUGAUUUAAAUGUAAUUAGCAAUGAUUUUGAUCUUGAUAUUAAUCAAGAAGGACAAGAACUCAAUCUUAUAACUUGUUUAGAUGUUGGGUCAUCUUCAUCUAAUCAAAAUUCAUCACAAAACAACCUUAUUGGUUGUUCUCAAACAGAACAAAGAGUUUUCUCUUGCAACUAUUGUCAUAGAAAAUUCUAUAGCUCACAAGCAUUAGGUGGACACCAAAAUGCUCAUAAAAGAGAGAGAUCAAUAGCAAAAAGAGGACAAAGAUUUGGUUUUGGAACACAAAUAAUAGCCUCAUCAAAUUCUUCUUUUAAUUUUCCUAUUAUGCAUAAACAAAGUUAUGCAAACAUGGCUUCUUUACCUCUUUAUGGAGCUUAUAGUAAUAAAUCACUUGGAAUUCAAGCACACUCCAUGAUUCAAAAGCCUUCUCAUGUUUCAUCUAAUGGAUUUGGAAAAUCUUAUGGACAUCAUCAUCAAAAUCAUCAUGGUUGGUCAACAUCAUCAACAUUAUUAGCAUCAUCAAGAGGAAGUGUUGGUAGGUUUGAAGUGGUUGAUACUAUGAUGAAUUCUUCAGCUAAAAAAGAAAUUAGUGGAUAUGUUGUUAGUGGAGGAACAUGUUUGAAGAGUAGUAAUCAAGAAGAAAUUAAGAAGAAGCAACUUGAUUUAUCACUUAAGCUAUGAUUUAUGAACAUAUGGACUUGUAUAAUCCAUAUUGGUCAAUGAUUCUAGAUCAGUGUAGUUAAUUAAGAUUUUUGUGUGAAAUUGUAGCAAUUUGUGUAAAUUUUUGUUUUAUGGGGAGGAUUAUAUAGUUAUUUUCUUGUUAUUGACUUAAAAAUCAUUGAACUCCAGUGUGGAGUGAUUUAUUGAGUUGUAAUUUUUUAUGUUUGUUAUGUCUUUUUCUACAAGAUUUUUUUCUUCUUCCUUAUUCUGUUAAUAGAUAAAAGUAAAUUUACUAGUGAAGUUUUCAUGUUCUUAUAA